AGCGCCGCGUGUCUGGGCACAGAGAGGCCUGUUUCUUCCUCGAGCACAUUUUCUCCCAUUUCCUCGUGGUCUCCGUGAUAGUCGAGCCCUGGUGGGUCUUCGGCUGCUGGCCCGCCCCAUUGUCGCCUCCCCGCGGCCCUUUUUUUAUGAGCGGAGCCCGCCCGGCUUCCUUAUGUCCGCGGUGGUGGCGCCGGGACCUGUUGAGUAGGACUUUGCAGACGCAGACGCUGCCGCCGCCGGCCUGAAGCAGGCACGCCUUACAGGCCACCGAGCUGCUUCUGGAAAACUUUGGAAGCUAUUUAAUCUAUCAGCAUUGAUUAGGCGCCUACUUGGGGGAGCUGGGCUACUGAGUCCCCAGGAGCGCCCCCCGCAGAUAUUCAGACCACUUUCAGUUGCCCCCCUGCCCUCCAAUCCUGAGAAAAGGGAGGCAAUAGAUUAAAAAAACAACUGUGGACUAGGCGGAUAUAACUGGAUAUUUUUGCAAGGUAAAGAAGAAAUGACUAACUUGAGGAAUUCGGAGAAAUGUGGGAGAGAGAAGCCGCAGGACUGAAGUGAGAGUUAAUUGAUAUGCAGGAGGCCCGAAGAUCUAGGUUCUAGCCUUGAAAGCUGUGUUAUGUGACCCUGGGCAAGUAUUGCAUUCUCAAUCUCGACAUGUUGAAGUCAGAAUGGCCUGUAUACACUAUCUUCGACAGAAUAGAGAGAAAUUUGAAGCGUUCAUAGAGGGUUCAUUUGAAGAGUAUUUAAAACGCUUGGAAAAUCCACAGAAUCGAAGGAAGUAUCAGCUCCAAGGCAGAAGAACGGAAUGGGUCGGACAAGUGGAAAUAAGUGCCCUUUCUCUUAUGUACAGGAAAGAUUUUGUAAUUUAUCAGGAACCAAAUGCUGCUCCUUCUCAUGUAACUGAAAAUAACUUUCCUGAAAAGGUAUUAUUGUGUUUUUCAAAUGGAAAUCAUUAUGAUAUCGUCUAUCCCAUAAAGUAUAAAGACAGUUCUGCUAUGUGCCAGUCUCUCCUUUAUGAAUUGCUCUACGAGAAGGUAUUCAAUACUGAUGUUAGCAAAAUCCUGAUGGGGCUAGAGCCCUCUGUUGAAGUAGUUGAAGAAAAUGUUGCUAACAGUGAAAUAUCAGAUUCGGAGGAAGAGAGUUGCAAGGGUAAAGCUACCACAGUUAAUGAUAUGAAUGGAUUUAAGUCUCUGUCAGGCAAUCAGCAUCUGAAGAACAAUGGGAACUCCACUUGCCUUCCCAUAUCCAGAAAAGUUCUUAAGUCUCUCAACCCAACUGUCUACAGAAAUGUAGAAUAUGAAAUUUGGCUACAGUCUAAACAAGCUCAGCAAAAGCGUGAUUAUUCCAUUGCUGCUGGCUUGCAAUAUGCAGUUGGAGAUAAAUGCAGAGUGGGCUUAGAUCACAAUGGAAAAUUUCAAAAUACAGAUACUCAAGAACAUUCUGAGAAUGGACCAGUUUUUGUAGAAGAGCUUGGAGUGAAACAUUCUUCCUCAUUGAAGAGCCUCAAACCUCUUCAACAGGCAUCUUCUAUAGAAGGUUGGAACACAGUGUCUUCGGGAAAGAAGAUGAAAAAGCCUCCCAGUGGUGGACAGCAUUUUCAGCCUGACAUGGAUUGCAGAGGGCCAAAGAAUUCAAACAAGCCAAUAAAAACCCCAUCAGCACUACCUCCUCGACUUCAGCAUGUGGGAACUCGGCAGCAUGUAUAUUCGUGUCAGUCUUCUGGGUUACAGUCCCAGCUGUCCUCAAAUGAACACAAGUCACAGAGCAGGACUUCUUCACAGAGUCUAAGAAAACUUGAACGAGAUAGGAUUGAGGAUUCUGACCACACUGGCAGAGAUGGGAGUCAUUUUGGCCUUUCUCCAGAGGAGCGAAGAGAAAGAGAAGCUUUUGAAGAAUCACGUUUGUUGUAUGAAAUUCAGCACAGAGAUGAACAGGCUUUUCCUGCCCUCUCUAGUUCAUCAGUUGGACAAGCAAGUGUUCAGAUCAGUAAUACUUGUAUGCCAAGAAAACCACAUGGAAGUGAAAGAAAAGGAAGGCGAAGAGUAGAUGCAGAAGAACGAAGAGAUAAAGAUUCAAACCCUAGGCAGAUACACUUGGAUCAAAAACUUGAGGCAAGCACACCAGAGUUUCCAAAGAAUAUUGAAGAUGAUGAAAAAUGUCCACCAGCUUCUUCCCCUUUAAAAUCUAAGAAGAUUGAGUGUCCAUCUCCUGUUGAACAAAAUCCAGCAGAGCAUGUGUUACUGGCAAAUCCAACUCCCCUUCAGGUUCCUUCAGAGGUGCAUCUGCCUCCCACAGUGCCUUCUUUACCAGCCACUGUGCCAGUCUGGCCAAGCGAACCAACAACUUAUGGACCAACAGGUGUUCCUGCUCAAAUUCCUGUUUUUUCAGUGACACAGACUUCUGGACCAGAUUCUACUGUGUCACAAGCUCAGUUAACACCUGCCCCUGUUACUCCUGUACCUAUGUCAAUUCAAGCAGUUAAUCAACCUUUGAUGCCUUUGCCUCAGACAUUGAGCCUUUACCAAGACCCAUUGUAUCCAGGGUUUCCUUUAAAUGAAAAGGGCGAGCAAGCCAUUGCCCCACCUCAUUCUCUGUGUCACAAUGGGGAAGAUCUCCCUAAAGAUAAAAAUAUUCUUCGAUUCUUCUUCAAUCUUGGUGUGAAGGCAUAUAGCUGUCCUAUGUGGGCCCCACAUUCUUACCUAUACCCUCUGCACCAAGCUUACAUAGCUGCUUGCAGGAUGUACCCAAAGGUUCAAGUUCCUGUCUAUCCUCACAACCUUUGGUUUCCAGAAGCUCCUUCAUCACAGAGUGACAAUGACUGUGCACGUACAGAUACACACUUCUCUAUGCCAACUGAAGCGAAUGCUAAUGAUCGUGGGAUACAGGCUGAGACUGGGUCUCCAACAUUCUCUUCACCAUUGGUUAUCCCAACAUCUCAGGUGUCGGAAAGCCAAGGACAGAUGACUUAUCAGGGCGAUAUUGAAUCCGAGAACCCUGGACAGUUGAUUCAUGCUGAUUAUGAUGAGUCAAUGGGCGGCAAGAACCUAUUUCCACAGCCAUCCUUUGGACCUAAUCCAUUUUUAGGAGCAGUCCCCAUUGCACCUCCUUUCUUUCCUCAUUUAUGGUAUGGGUAUCCAUUUCAGGGUUUUAUAGAAAGCCCAGUAAUGAGACAGAAUGUGGUCCUGCCUCCUGAUGAGAAAGGAACACUUGAUAACCCUCUGGAAGACCCAGAUCUCUCUAAAGAAUGUAGUUCAAUUUCAUCAGCAGAUCAAUUUCAAGAAGUGAGAGGUGAAUCAAUACUCCCUCUCCCUGUAGCCAAUGUAAGCAGUAAGCAUGAUGGCCAGGCUGAGCAGUCAUCUAGAAUGCCUAAAGGAGAAAAAGGAUUUGCCACUUGCUCUGUAGAGGUGAAGGCUCAUCUUCCUCCUCAGCUGUUAACUGUAGAAAGAGAAUCUCUACCAUUAACUGUAGAACCUGAACUUAUUAAAAGAACCGUAACCAAUCCUAAAGAAAGAGCAGAGAAAAUCAAAGAUUCCAAGACCUCCGAUCACUUAGCCAGCCCAAUGACCAGUUCAGUAGAUAGAAUACCAAGAGCAAGGGAAGAGAGUUCUGAGGAUGAAAAUGAAGUGUCCAGUAUUCUGAAGAGUGGCCGAUCCAAACAGUUCUACAAUCAGACAUAUGGAGGCAGGAAGUAUAAAAAUGACUGGGGCUAUCCUUCUAAUAGAGGAGGGUACCAGCACCCAAGAAAUGAAGAAUCUUGGAAAGGGCAACCCAACAGAAGCAGGGAAGAAGGUUAUCAGUAUCAUCGAAACUUUAGAGGACGACCAUAUAGGGGAGAUAGGAGAAGAUCAGGGAUGGGAGAUGGUCACAGGGGACAGCAUACUUAGAAAUGAUUACUUUUAGAGAGUAUCAGAGUAAAACUCAUUUGCAAAGUGGAAUGGCUUAAAUAUUCCCAAAGGCUUGUCUUAUUUUUUAAAUGAGGGGAAAAAAACCCAACAACCCUGAAGCUAGAAAUAAGCUUCUCUCCCUAACCAAGUAUCCUCAACUUGAGACUUAGGGGCAGAUGAAUUCCUGGCAUUACAUUUUUUUCUACAUUGAAAAUUUGUUUGAUUUCAUUUAUUUGAGUGUUGCUUUCUUCUUCCUUUCCUCCAUAGGAACUUAGAAAAUAAGUGUGUAAAAUAUAAAAAAAAAAACGUUUAUAAUAUAAGACAUUGUAGAUUUAGUAUUGUUUUUUCCCUACUUACACAAUUUGAGUUUGUGAUAUAUGGUGUUGAAAAUGUAUGCUUACAAUGUUUACUGAAAUGACAGAAAUAUAGUGUUUGACAUGAUUUAGAUUCUAAAACAGAUAACAUUGCACCAAAUAGAAAUGUAUAUUUUAUUAUGCAAUGCCUUAGUCAUAAACUGGGCUAAAAAAUUCUCAGCCUACAACACUGUUGUCUUUGAUAUGCUUCCAACCCAAAGGCCUUUCAUCUCAAUAUCUGUCAAACUUGAAUAAUGUUUUCUCUUUAAUAUUUCAUAUAAGGCAGCCGAUUAACCCGUGUCUUAGAAAUGUUGUACAUAAUUCUUUUAAUAUUCAUAGGGUAUAUUUUUGAAUUUUAGAGAGAUUUGUUGAACUUGAGAUUGCAGGCAAGAAUAGAUAUUUGUGGAAAAAAUAGGAAAUCAGUAAUAUGGCUGUUCCCACCAAGAAUUCUUAGCACUGGUGUAAAUAUCAUGGUGCCUACUUGAACGAAAUGUAGAUGCUAUGCAUUUUGAAAAUAAUUCUGCACCUGUUAGAACCGCAGAAAUUUUUUAAUGCCACUUUAACACUAAUGCACUGACAGAUUCUAAAUAUUUUGUGAGAAGAGAUGUAUAAACAUGAUUUUUUUUUUAGCUUGAUAAGUUUAUAUGGAGAGCUACUGGUUUUUAAAAUUUUGUUUUUUGUUUUGUUUUUGGUUCUUCAUGCACUGUUAGUUAUGUUUAUCAUUCUCCAUUUGCAUCCAGAUUGUUGGCUCUAUACUAUAAAAAGAUGACUGUGACUUCCAGUCCUUUUUUAGAGGAUGCUGCUAGAAGAUGGGUUUUGCUUUGUAUUUUAAAAUCAAUUUGUUACCAUAGGUAACAUGUGAAAGUGUGGUGAGAAUGUGUGGUGUUUUUUGUUGUUGUUUAAUUUUAACCCUUCUCUGGUUUCUCCAGUAUUCCCAUUUAUCCCCUUUGCAUGUUGCACUCUGUCUUCAUUUGGAGAUUUGACUCUGAAUAGCACAGUAUUAGUCAUCUGUGUUUCUUUGUAAAAAAUAACUGUAGUUUAUAUUUUAUAUCUGUAUAUACCAAUGUGAAACAUACCCUCUUUUUUCAUGUUAAAAAAGAUUAUCUACUUUUUGAUCAGGAAGCUUGAGUGAGACCAUGCUAUGCAAAUAACAUAGUAAUUUCUCUUUGCAUGCUAUGUAUAAUAUACCUAGCCAAAAAUUAAUGUAGUGGCUCUUUUUUUUCUUUAUUAGAAAGUAUGUAAAAAGCAAAUGUAAUUUAUUUGGUAGCCUGAAGCAGAUGAGGUUUUUUUUUUUUUCUGGUAACCUUCAGAAAAGUUCAAAUGCUAGCUGGGCUUAGUGAAUCUCUACUGUACUGUAUAAAUGGUUAUUUACCUCUAUGCUAUUUUAAUUAGCCAAACUUAAGUUCGGGUACUACCAAUUUGAGUAGUCAUUAAAUUUUAUCUGUUAUCUAAAAUUUUGAGCGCACUUUGAAAGAUAGCAUUUUAUUAUUGAUGGUGCUAGGUAAAAAUCUGUAGUGACUAAAUGUUUUAUGCUCCCAAAAAUGCUUUAAAGAAGCUGGUGAUCACAGCCAUUUUGUGAGCUAGAACAGUUGCUGAAGGUAAUGCAAAGUCUUUUUUCUUUAGUGUAGUAUGAAUGGUUGAAUUAUGGAAGAAAAGUUAAAAAACUAGAAAAAUCAUACCUUUAUAGCCCAUGCUGGUUAAUUGCCUACAGGUAAUCUUCAUGAAAGCCACAUUUAUAGAUAUGUUUAGAUUAUUAGGUUUAAAUAAAGCUAAAGUUCUGAUCUCAGGAGGCAAGGAAAUGUAGUUUUUCAUCCAGUCUUCUGGAAAUGCUUAAAAAUUGGCUAUAAAAGAAUAUUGUUCGUUUCUACACAAUCACUAGCUGCCUUACAACACUUGAGUGAUAGAAUAGAUGAGGUUGUAGUUUCUGAAGAAAACACAAUUGUUUUCCAUGCCCCAUUUUAAGGUAUAGAAUUGAAACAGCAUUGAAAGAGUUUUUUUAGGAGAUGGUACUUUGCUCAGUAACCUCUGGAAUAAAAAAAAAAACUCUGCUUUUAAAAAAAUACUUUUAUGAUUUAAUGAUCCUUACAGAUGGGGAUGUUUUAAAAUUUAGGGACUUUUUUCGUAAGCUGAGGUCAAACUAGAGAGUCAUGUAUAAUUUCCUUCAUCCUUCACUUCACUUUACUUUGUCUCUAGGCACACACAAAUUUCUUCAGUGUGAUGGCACAAAGUUACAGUGGUCUUGUGUAAUGAGCACGUUUUGUGUAUAGGAGAAUGGACAUAUACUAAUAGCUAAUAUUACAGAACUUUUCCAUGUUAUAGAAAAUUUCAUCUUAAAGUGGAAGUACUGACCAAAGUUUUCCCACUAGCUUUUUAUUAGGUUAGACAUCAUCUCGGAUUUGUUUUCCUACCCUCAUUCCUUUUUUUAGUAUUUCAGAGUUUUCCAGUAUCCUCAGCAAUCUUGUGGCCCUGGGGAGAAUUGGCUGUUUUCCAUUCUAGUUCUUUUCUAACCCAACAUGUUUUUGGAGUCUUAGGAAUCCUGCACACUGCUUCUUCACAUCCAUAUUGAUUCAUCCAGUAUGGCAGACCCAAGCUUGUGGUUUGUUCCAGACUGAGUUCGCCAGAUGCUACCAACAGUGAUAGAGCUUAUGUGGCUGAGUCUCCCUUUUCUCUUCCUCACUAAUGUGUUAGUUGCUUCUUUUGUGACUUAAGGUGGUUAUAUUAAAAUACCUAUGAACUUCUAACUUGUUUCAGACUGGUGCAAUAAAAGUCCUUUUCUAACCCUUUUUGGCUUAGAAACUUGAUCAGCCAUCCCAUAAACUAGCAAUAUUUAUUAUACAUCAUUUUUGUUUCGCCUUCAGUUUUUGAUGAAGUAAGCUUUCUGACUUUCUCUUAGGGUACUAAGAAAGGUCCGUAACGAAGUGUAACAGCCCAAGAGAAUACAGACACAUUCAGCUACACUACACUAUCUUUGUUUAUUGUAUUUUGCCCCAGAAUUUAUGUCUAAAUACUACUGGGUGUCUGUUUGGUUCAAUUACAGUGAUAGAUGAUCCAUAUGUCAAUUCAGUGAACUAAGUAAUUUUGCCAGGUAGCAACAGCCAUUUAUUUUUCACUAAUUGGGACAUUUUCCCAAAGAUAGAUUAUUUCAGAAACACCAGUUAUAGAGUAUCCUAGAUGAGGGGUGGGUGCAUGUCUUAUUGUGGGGCAACAGCAACUUUGGGGUUGAAUUUACUUGAAUGGAAUAGAAAUUGCAUUGUUACAGAACUAGAAAAAAAAUCUUAUGUAUGAAAAAUGAUAAUAGCCUUACACUGAAAAAUAAUACUUUAAGCAUGUGAAGAUGUGAUUCUUUGUGAUGUUACUUGUAUAGAAAUAUAUAUAUAUAUAUUCACAUAUAUCUUUUGAAGUGUUGAAAGGAAAAUAGUACUUUAUAUUCUUUAUCAUAUCACUUUUUUGUAAGUGUUCAAUAUAUUCCUGUUUAUUUUUCUAUGUUCUGUUUUGUAGCCUUAAGAAGUGUUUCAAAAGUAUCUGAAUGUAUAAAAUAAUAGUAAAUGCCCUACAUGGUGUGAUGCUGCAUUGUACAUAAAACUCUGCAUAUAUUAAAUUUUGUUUGUCUCAAAAGCUUCUUGAAAUGCUUUGAUUUAGAAAUGUCAGCAGGUAGUGUAGUAGGGCAUGUCAAUACGUUGUAACAGGAAUUUGACCUGGAGGAAAGGUUUACAGUAUUUAACACAAUAUAUAGUAGAAGUAUGUAAAGAUAAAAAAGUAUAGUUAGAAAAAAUGAUUUUAAUUUUACUUAGCUUUCUACUAAACUACAUCUCUCCCAGAAGAUUUAAGAAUCAGAUAAAAACAAAAAUUUUCUUGUCAUUUCCUUUUGCUUGUAUUUGUAUUCUUUAAUGUUGGAGUUUUGUGUGUAAUACUUUGUAAAGAUAUUUUCAAAUAUAAUAGGAUGUUAAGAUAAUAACAUGCUCAUUAUAAAUCAUAUAAAAUUUUGUUCUGUGUCCAUCUUCCCUAGGUCUUCAGAUUUGCUUUGAUCCCACCAACAUCUCCAUUGUCUGUUUUUUAUCUUCUCAGCUUUCCUAUUUGUUGUUGUGUUUGUUUGUUUGUUUUUUUAAUAUCAUCAGGUUAAGCUAUGUAGCAUCAGCAUAAAACAUUUAUUUACUGAAGGGCUCCACUUAGAAAUGUGGAUUAAAUUGUUUAAAGGUGACUUUAAAGUCACCUUUAAACAAUGAUCUGUGUAAGUUAAUUAUCUAUUAGAAUUAAGAAUUGAUAGGAGGGAGGAGGCAGCUAGAUUCAGUGGACUGAGAGGCAGGCCUAGAAAUGGAAGGUUCUGGUUUCAAAUCUAGCCUCAGAUACUUCCUUAGCUGUGUUGACUCUGGGCAAGUCACUUAGUCUCCAUUGCCUAGCUCUUAACCAUUCUUUUGUAUGUAAGGGUGAAAAAUAAUAAUUGAUAUAAAGUGAAAAUGGUAUCUUGUCUUAAAGAAUUGAGAAAUCAUAAUGAUAAAGAACUUGGCAACUUUUUCUAAGGAAGAAAUAAAUUAUUACUUUUUUCUUUGA